GAGGCUACCAAUGUACGUUAAUGGACACUAAUGUUAAAAAAUUUGGGCUUGAACACAAAAUGAGUAACAUCUACGAGUCUGCUGCCACCACGCUGGGCCUCUUCAACAGCCCAUGUCUGACAAAAGUGGAGCUCCGUGUGGCCUGUAAAGGAAUAUCUGACAGAGAUGCUCUGUCCAAGCCUGACCCCUGCGUUGUCCUCAAGAUGCAGUCCCACGGACAGUGGUUCGAGGUGGACCGGACAGAGGUGAUUCGCAGCAGCAUCAGUCCGGUUUUCUCCAAAGUCUUCACCGUGGACUACUAUUUUGAGGAAGUGCAGCGCCUCCGUUUUGAGCUUCAUGACAUCAGUAGCAACCAUAAUGGACUCAAAGAGGCUGACUUCCUGGGCGCCAUGGAGUGCACACUCGGACAGAUUGUAUCACAGAGAAAACUGUCCAAAGCUUUAUUGAAGCAAGGAAACACAGCUGGCAAAUCAUCGAUCACAGUCACAGCUGAAGAGCUGUCUGGGAAUGAUGAUUACGUGGAGCUUGCCUUCAGUGCCAAGAAACUGGAUGACAAGGACUUUUUUAGCAAGUCGGAUCCAUUUCUGGAAAUCUUCAGAGUGAAUGAUGAUGGCACAGCAUCACUGGUGCACAGAACAGAGACCAUUAUGAACAAUCUGAGUCCUGUCUGGAAAUCAUUCAAAGUUUCUUUAAACACACUCUGCAGUGGAGACCAUGAGCGGGAGUUAAAGGUGGACCGGACAGAGGUGAUUCGCAGCAGCAUCAGUCCGGUUUUCUCCAAAGUCUUCACCGUGGACUACUAUUUUGAGGAAGUGCAGCGCCUCCGUUUUGAGCUUCAUGACAUCAGUAGCAACCAUAAUGGACUCAAAGAGGCUGACUUCCUGGGCGCCAUGGAGUGCACACUCGGACAGAUUGUAUCACAGAGAAAACUGUCCAAAGCUUUAUUGAAGCAAGGAAACACAGCUGGCAAAUCAUCGAUCACAGUCACAGCUGAAGAGCUGUCUGGGAAUGAUGAUUACGUGGAGCUUGCCUUCAGUGCCAAGAAACUGGAUGACAAGGCAUCAUCACAAGAGAAACUACAAACUGAUCUUGGCCAAAAGAUCCAGUGGGAGUGUAUUAACCCUAAGUACCAAGUGAAGAAGAAGAAUUACAGAAAUUCUGGAAUGGUAAUUCUUACCAUGUGCAAGAUCAUAAAGAUGCACUCUUUCCUGGAUUACAUCAUGGGAGGAUGUCAGAUUCAGUUCACAGUGGCUAUUGAUUUCACUGCCUCAAAUGGUGACCCUCGAAACAGCUGCUCCCUCCACUACAUCCACCCUUACCAGCCCAAUGAGUACCUCAAAGCGCUGAUCGCUGUUGGGGAGAUCUGCCAGGACUACGAUAGCGACAAAAUGUUUCCCGCUUUUGGCUUUGGAGCCCAAAUCCCACCAGACUUCAAAGUUUCUCAUGAUUUUGCUGUGAAUUUUGAUGAGGACAACCCAGAAUGUGCUGGUAUACAAGGUGUUGUUGAGGCUUAUCAGAACUGCCUCCCGAAAAUCCAGUUGUACGGCCCCACUAAUAUUGCUCCCAUCAUCCAGAAAGUUGCCGACUCUGCCUCUGAGGAGAUGCAUACCAAAGAGGCCAUGGAAUACUUUAUACUGCUAAUCCUGACGGAUGGAGUGAUCACAGAUAUGGCGGAUACACGAGAGGCCAUCGUCCACGCAUCCCACCUGCCCAUGUCCGUCAUCAUUGUCGGCAUAGGCAACGCAGAUUUCAGCGACAUGCAGAUGCUGGACGGUGAUGAUGGAAUCCUCCGCUCUCCUAAAGGAGAACCCGUCCUGAGGGACAUCGUGCAGUUUGUGCCCUUCCACAACUUCAAACAUGCCUCUCCUGCAGCGCUGGCUAAAAGUGUGCUGGCUGAGGUUCCCAAUCAAGUGGUGGAUUACUACAAUGGAAAAGGCAUCAAGCCCAAAUGCAUGUCGGAUUUUGAGUCUUCCAGAGCGUUCAGUCCCUGAGCUACGCACAGCCAUAUUCGUCUCAACUUCAAAAUAUCUUCAUUGAUCAUUUCAGAGCUUGCUGCAUUAGUGUAAGCAUCGACAAGCAGGUCCAUCCUUGUUGGUUUUUUUUGUCACUCAGGUUUCCAAUAGCAUUGGGCAAAAAUGUCCUUAGCUGUCCAUAUUUUCUUUUUACGCAGUUGUUAGUUAUAUUAAAGGUGCGCUCAGUCAUUUUUUUUGUUUUUGUUUCCCUGGCUAAUAUGGCAGUUGUCUUGGACCUAAAGUCACCAUGAAAUCAAAACUGACUUGAAUGCAAUAUUGCAGUGAUUAGAAAUGAUAUAUCUGUGCACAUCAUUAUUUUACAUGUACCCUCGUAAUCUUUUUAAUCAAUAUAACUUCCCUUCUCCCUCGCAAGUGUAACGGAGGACAGGCUUUUGUUACCUUUUGUUUUGUUGAUAUUAUUACUGUUAUUUUGGUGGACCUGCUAUACAAGGGCUAUAUAGUCCAAUAUAGCAUAAUAUUCCAACGCGUAAUAGUUUAGGAGGCAAGUGAUUAACAGUUAUUGGCCAGUGCAUGACCAGUGCUCAGUUAGUAAACACUGUUAGUCCUUUAUAAUCCAAAGUGCAACCAUUUUAUUGCUUUAUUCAAUUUACCUGCAAAAAGUUUGUGGUCUGUAAGAUUUUAAUGUUUUUUUCUAAGAAGUCUCCUAUGGCUUGCUUAUCUACCCACCCCAAACGUUUGAACGGUAGUGUAUUUAUUUUAAAACUUAUUUUUAAUGUGAGGCCUUUAUGACUUACAAUUGUUACAUACAAUUAAGUGUAUUGUAUAUAGCUCUAUAAACACAUUUAUUUGAAAGCAUGUGGAAUGGAUUCUGUGAAUACAGUAUUUACAGUAUUUAGGCAUUCUUUGUUUUUGUUCUUUUCUACAGGUUUCUUGACAUAUGUUUUGCAGAAUUUCUUAACAUAAUCUAACAUUAUAAAGUUCUUUCAGAUGUUUGGAAAUAGUAGAUGUGUUUCUGGUGCUGUAUUAGACACAUUUCUCUUUUUCUUUUAUGCAUUUCUUUCUUUCCUUCUUUCUUGGAGCGUGUGUGUAUGUACAGUAUUCUUGCUUACUACCGAAACCAGGACUGUAUUUUGCAUGUUGCCAAUUUAAAAAAAAAGU